AUGCUGAGAAUCCUCAUCGCCCUGUGCAUUGCGUCUUCCGUAUACGGCAAGUUUUUUUUGCGUUUAAUUCUCUGGGGUUUCAAUUUGAAUCAAUAAAAAUAUAUCGAAAAGACGCAAUUUUCAACCCAUCUCUUUACUGUUGAUUUUUUGAUUAUGAUUUCGAAAAAUUUUUCUUUACAAAAAUAUUAGAACUAUGCUUUUCAGCCGCGAAGUGCGAAUCUCCGCAGCACUCUGCAUCGACAUUCUCAACGAAUGACGGCUUCUUCCACUUCCGCACGACGUACAUCACCGAGUUGACGAUCCAAUGUGGAAACAACGCCAAGGUCUGAUUAAUUUUUUUUAUCAUUUUCUACGGGUGUAACUUGUGGGGGAAGGCUAAAAACACAAAAGGCCAGUAUUACCCUAAUAAAACAUUUGGAACUAGUUUUUUUUUAUUUUAUGCUUUCUAGCAUCACAGCAGAAAUUUGAAUUUAUUAUAUUCUCCGUUUCAGUUGAUAGAAAACAAUGGCGUUUUUCUUUUCAUAUUUUUAUCAUUUAAGAAGAAUAAGCUAACCACAAGUUUUCACAUUUAAUGCCGUUUUUUUUUUAAAAUUUACUUGGUUACAGCAUUUAAAAAAGUUUUGAGAAGUAAAAGGUAACAUGGUUUCAUCUUUAUUGAGUUAUUUUUUUACAGAACACUCAGUUCUAUGCUGAGGUUAACGGAAAGGUCGUCCCAGUCGCUGUUUCUGAAGAAACCUCCAAGUACCAGGUAGAACGACAGUUUCAUGGCUGUAAAAAUCAGAAAUUAAAUAGGUGUCAUGGACAUUGGAUCAUGAAGCCUCUAACGCCCAAACCUUCUACGUCAACGUCUUCGACGAGGAAGGAAUCAAGGCCUAUACCAAGGAUCACUCGACCAAGCCUCUCUUCUCCGUCUCUCACUACCACUCAGUUCGUUUUUUUUUUUCGCGUAUUUACUAUUGGAAUCGUUUGCUUAUCGAUGCCCUACAUACCUAAUUACUCUCUCUCUCUCAUUACUAUUUUUUUGCCAAGUUAAUUUAUUUAAAUUCUUCCAUUCAAGAAUUCACUUCAUAAGUCCAAAUCUAGUGUGAAAAAGAAAUACCUUUUCUGCGAAUCGUGUUUAACUUAAAAAUUUGUUUCUUUUAUUCAUUCUCUCAAAAAACAAAACAGAUCGUGGUACAGGUUUUAAACUCAUUUUUUUAAAAAAAUGUUAUUGUAAGCAAUAACGAAAAUAUCUUGGAUAACGGAAAACUUGAAGCUGUUGAAUUUGAAGUUAAUGUUUCUUUCUAGUUAUAAAGCUUCAACAGCAAAAUAAUCAAACUUCCUUCAAGUUGACUUCUUUUUUUGUUUUUGUUGUAUUUUUUUUAUAGUUAUGUAAUGAAAAAAAAACCUCCAAUCGAAUCCAUUUUCGAACAGCAAGUUAUUUUCACAUUUAUCAUGAACCUCAAGAAAGCUUUAAAAUUUUCACAUUUCUCAUGAACCUCAAGAAAGCAUUUAAAAAAAUCGUUUUCAGGGUCUGACGAAAAAGUCGCCGAUUUCAUCGGAAACCGUCGCUCUGCUUCUCAGCGUCGUUGGCCUGUACUACGCCAUCCGACAAAAGAACGAAAUCGUGCACUAA